GAUACUCAUUAAAUAUCACGGGCUGUAAAACUGGAACUUAGUCGGUUUCUCUCAAGAAAGCAUAAAGAUAUAUUUAACAAUCUCCAUUAUUUGAGACCCGAAGGAGGGAUGGAAUUACUCGUUCAAAGGAGCAAAAAUGUCUGAGAUCCUUCUCCAACUUUUUCAAGUCAGGCAUUCAAAGGACAAAAGAUGGCAAAGCAAACCGCCCUUCAGAUGGACACGCGUGUUUUUGUUGGUGUUCUUGAUUUGCGAUUUUCUCGACUUUUCCUUGACUGCCAGUGUGACAGGAGCCACGGCUGAGCACGAAGGGUUUUGUCCCAACAAGCUCAACACCAAUCUUUGGGUUGAUGCACAGAGCACCUGCGAGAGGGAAUGCAGCUUGGAUGAGGACUGCGCUGAACAUGAGAAAUGUUGCACCAAUGUCUGUGGGCUCAACAGCUGUGUUUCUGCACGUUUCUCCGAUGGCACGCCUGCUCAGCCAGAUAGUAAGGAAGGAGGUGGCAAUGGAGACGCUGCCCCUGCCUCCACGGCUACCUGUGAGGGCUUCAUCUGCAGCCAGCAGGGGGCAACCUGUGACAUUUGGGAUGGACAGCCUAUCUGCAAAUGCCAGGACCGCUGUGAGAAAGAACCCUAUUUCACCUGUGCAUCAGAUGGCCUCACCUACUUCAACCGCUGUUACAUGGAUGCAGAAGCCUGUAUCCGGGGAGUGACUUUGACUGUGAUUCCUUGCCGCUUCUACCUUGCUGGUCCUCACACCAGUCCGUUGCCUCUUGAUACUACGGUUUCUCCAACCACAACAUCCUCGCAGGAAGACCCCAUGCCCCCCACACUGUACUCAAACCCUCACCACCAGUCAAUCUACGUUGGGGGCACCGUUAGCUUCCACUGUGAUGUGAUUGGAGUCCCCAGACCAGAUGUGACAUGGGAGAAGCAGAGUGAAAGACGUGAGCGUCUAGUCAUGAGGCCGGACCAGAUGUAUGGCAAUGUAGUUAUAACAAACAUUGGUCAGCUAGUUGUUUACAAUGCCCAGGUCUGGGAUACAGGCAUAUACACAUGCAUUGCAAGAAACUCUGUAGGAGUUCUCCAAGCGGAUUACCCGUUGUCUGUUAUUCGCCGAGCUGAUGAUGACUUUUCCGAAGAUCCUGAGUUGCCUAUGGGACGGCCGUUUUCUCCAGCCGAUUGCCUUGCUGAAGUCGACACUAGAGUGUGCAGUGGGGAGCGUCACGUGGACUGGUAUUAUGACAGCAAGCUAAGCUCCUGCAUGACCUUCAGCAGUGGCGGGUGCGACGACAGUCGCAAUCGUUUUGAGACGUACGAGGAGUGCAAAGCGUCCUGUCAGAGAGAGGGGAUGGGGAUCUGCUCCCUGCCGGCGGUUCAGGGUCCCUGCAAAAACUGGGAGGCACGUUGGGCCUGGAAUUCCUUACUGAAACAAUGCCAGCCUUUUGCCUACGGAGGAUGCCAGGGAAAUGCAAACAGCUUUGCCACCAAAAAGGAGUGCGAGGCAAACUGUCCACAGCCCAAACGGAAACCGUGUAGAACUUGCCGGAUGAGGGGGAAAAUGAUGCCCACCCUGUGCCGCAGCGACUUCGCCAUAAUCGGCCGGCUGACGGAGCUCAUUGAGGACCUUGACUCUGGUUUGGCUCACUUUAGUCUGGACGAAGUCCUAAGGGACGAAAAGAUGGGCCUGACUUUCUUCAACACCAAAAACCUAGAGGUGACCAUAGUAAAGAUUGACUGGAGCUGUCCUUGUCCCAACAUCACCAUGGACGAGAACCCCUUACUGGUGAUGGGAAUGGUGCAGGACGGCAUGGCCAUCAUCCAGCCGGACAGCUACGUCAAAGCCAUACCUGAACGCAGGCUCCGUAGGCUUCGUGAUGCCAUCAAUAAAAACACAUGUGAAACAUUGUGAAGCU